UUCAAUUAAAACCUAACCUCGUUAAAUCAAAUCCGUUGAUAGCGUUUGGAGUCUGCUAGUGUAAAAAGAAAAUAUUAGAUCAAUAAAGAAUUGUAUUUAAGUGAAUGUAUACUUAUUGUUAUAUAAAAAGUGUGUACGGUAUUUGGGUGUGAUAUCAGUUUGCCGCAAUGGGUGAUCAAGCGAAAACAUUACCAAGCUUGCUGAGUUUAAAAGUGCCAGUGCCGGUGGACAUGCAGCAGAAUCCAGGUCAACCGGAUCCUGUAGAGGAGCAUGAAGAGGACGGAGAAGUUAAAUUACCUGCAGCACUUGAACAAGCAUUGGCAUUCAAAAAUGAACGUGCUAAAGAACUUGGUGCGGACCCUAAUGAGAUUUCUGUGCCUGGUACAUCUCCGCCACGUGAGAUAAUUACUCGUGAUGAGACGCCAAUGGACUUUGUGCCGGAAAAUCUCGGUGCUGUGAUUGAAAAAGUUGACGGUAAUAAUAAAUCUAAUAAUAAAACAGUCAAGAAGAAGAAGAAAAAGAAGAAGAAGAAGCACACUGAUAAUAAAAUUUCCAGUAUGGAGAAAUCGAAAAAUAUUGAAAACUCUACUGGUGAUUCAGAUGCACCAGAGGUCGAGUAUAUUCAAGAAAUUCCAACAAUCACGGACUUAGAGCCAAUGUAUCGUCAGUUUGCUAGAGUAUUUGAGAUGUUUCGCAUUGUAGAGCCUGAUGCGGCUGGUGAUAAAGAUAAAGGUGAAGCUAAUGGACAGUAUCCGGCCCCAGUUUUAAUGGUACCAAGCAAAGUACCAUUGCUCGAUGAUUUUGACGAAGAUGGUGGUACACAGCAACAGAAUCAACUGACUGAAAAUGGAGCUCCAAGAUUGUCAAAGCGAAAACUCAAACGUUUGAAUCGUCUGAGUGUCGCUGAACUGAAACAACUUGUUGGUAGACCGGAUGUCGUCGAGAUGCACGAUGUAACUGCUCGUGACCCGAAGCUGUUAGUCCAACUAAAAGCGCACAGAAAUACGGUACCAGUUCCACGUCACUGGUGCUUCAAGAGAAAGUACUUGCAGGGUAAAAGAGGUAUUGAGAAGCCGCCUUUUGAUCUUCCGGACUUUAUAAAACGUACGGGUAUUACGGAGAUGCGAGCAAGUCUUCAAGAACGGGACGACGGACGUACUCUGAAGGCAAAAAUGCGUGAAAGAGCGAGGCCUAAGUUGGGUAAAAUAGAUAUUGACUAUCAAAAACUUCAUGAUGCAUUUUUCAAGUGGCAAACAAAGCCAAGGAUGACCAUCCACGGGGAUUUGUAUUAUGAGGGUAAAGAAUUUGAAACGAGGCUCAAAGAAAAAAAACCUGGUGAGUUGUCUGACGAACUGAGAACUGCUCUGGGUAUGCCGGUUGGUCCUAAUUGUCAUAAAGUACCUCCUCCAUGGCUGAUUGCUAUGCAACGUUAUGGACCACCGCCAAGUUAUCCGAAUUUAAAAAUUCCUGGACUCAAUGCUCCGAUACCAGAGGGAUGCGCUUUUGGAUAUCAUGCUGGUGGAUGGGGUAAACCACCAGUCGACGAGACUGGUAGACCACUUUACGGAGAUGUGUUUGGCGUUGCAAGACCUCCUGGUGGUGACAUCAUGGACGAGGAAGUUGAUCGCGGAAUGUGGGGAGAGCCGGAGUCUGAAUCUUCGGGUGAAGAAGAUGAGGAUGAAGACGGUGAGGAAGGCGAGGGCGAUGGUGACGGCAAAGAUGUCGAUGCAGAUGGCAGUGGUCUUAUUACUCCUGGUGCCGAGGGGCUUAUCACUCCCAGUGGUAUUGCUUCUAUUCCCGCGGGUCUCGAGACUCCGGAAACGAUCGAGUUGAGGAAGAAGAAGAUUGAGAGUGAAAUGGAAGGCGGAGAUACUCCGGCAUUGUACACAGUUCUGCAAGAACGUCGUACUGAAGGAUUAGGUGCCAGUAUGAUGGGCAGCACUCAUGUCUACGAUAUGACUGGAGCUGGUGGUCAAGCACCGCCGUCAGUUAUUGCUGCUGCUCGACGUGGUAUGAGCGGCUCGGCUUCUGAAUCAAGAGUCGAAAAAGACGGAACUGUUGAAGUUGCUCUUGAUCCCAGUGAACUUGAUCUUGAUUCUGAAGCUAUGGCUUCGAGGUACGAAGAGACCAUGCGCUCUAGACAAGCCCACUUGAGACGAGAAGACUUGUCGGACAUGUUGCAAGAUCACGUGCAACGACAAAAGAGCAAACGGAAGCGCCAGCAAGGACAAUCUGAAACAAAAUCAUCCAAGAAAUACAAAGAAUUUAAAUUUUAAUUUAAACUUAUAUGUUUUUUUUUUUAAACAAUUAUUUAUCGUGUAAUAAACUGUGUAUAAUUAAAUAAAAAAAAA